UAGCUAUUUAUUGUAUCCUCACCUCGGAACCUAACAGAAACCCAAGACAGCCAUAGAUAACUGUACUGAUAUCGAUCAAGUUCUUUAUUUAAAAAAUGGAGUGCAAAGAUCAAGAGAAGACAGCUGAUAUGGAGAAGCCGACAGAGAAGAGCUGUCACACCCUUUCUCUACUUCAAGGAGACGAGCAGUUCUUCAAUAGAAUCAUUUCAAGGGAUGCUUCAAAUGGCUUCUCUUCACGUAUUUAUUUCCGGAGUGGCGAAGGGAUUCCAUUCAAAUGGGAAGUACAGCCCGGGAAAGCGAAAAGCCAACCGGAAACAGAGUCAAUUCCACCGCUCAGUCCCCCGCCGGCAAUUCAGAGUGCAGGUCUAGGACGGCCAUGCAUCGAUCCAGUUGAACCGGCCAAGGGACUGCUAUGGUCAAAGGUCUGGUUUUGGAAGAAAACCAGAAGAAGCCAACCUCCAAACAAAACUCAAACAGUAUUAAGAGAAGUUAUUUCUGAUUCUUCAGGCUCUGAUUGGGUUGAAAAGUUGGAGUCUUACAGUUCAGACACUGAUUCAAUCGCAUCACCUCGCCACUCAAAUGCUUCAUACCUAAUGUCUCCCGUUUCAUCUUCUUCUCAUGGUCCAUCAUCAUCACGGUUUGCAGCGCCAAGAAGCCAGAAAGGAGCAGAUUUCGGGGGCAGAGGGAGUAUCGAAGAUCUGGAUUGGCGUUUGCGUUGCAGUCCUUGGAAUUUUGCUGGAGUUUCAAUAUGUGUGGCUAGAAGAGAGUGAAACAUUUUCAGGAAUCUGGUUCUUUAGUUUCUUUUGUUGUUUCUUUUAUAUCGUAAAUUAGAUUUAGUAUUUGAAUAUGUAUAAAGUUUAAA